CUAAGCAGCACUCGAAGCAAGAGUUUCGGAAUUGUAGUUGCAUUGAGCCGGCAGAGAGCUUCGCACGAUCAACAGGGGAUUUUUGAUUUGUCGAUGGCUGACGUUUACAGAGAAUUCAACUGUGCGGUUUGCCACGAGAAGGACAUAAAAUGGAGCCAUUUCGUGUGUUUGGUAUGUCCCGAGUAUUAUUUGUGUUGCAAGUGCCACGAGGAGAAGCACUACAGCAAACCCCAUCGGCCAUAUCACCCGAUGCAGCCAGUGUUGAGCCAGCAAGAUUUCUUCAAAUACGUGAACAGUGUAGUCCCACCGGAGGAUGACAUUCGCCUAUGCUGCCCCUAUUGCGGGAUUUGGAUACUGACCGAGGCUAAACUUUUACAACACUGUCAGAUCAAACAUGACGGAGAUGACGAUCGUGUUCGGUGUCCCGUUUGUGUGACGUUUUGCAUUUUGGAGCAGAGUUUAACGUUUGCAAUGUUCAUCGAUCACCUGAAAAAAGGUCAUUGUGAACGAGGACGAUUUAUGUUCUGCAACACGUGUAGGAAAACACCUAUUUUGGAACCAUACCAUUCCUGCCUAAUAUGCAAUGACUACGAUUUGUGCGAAAAUUGUCACAAGGCAAAGAAACACAAUCAAACUCAUAUGCCGUAUCAUCCUAUGCAACCAGUUCUUCAUAAAAAGUUGUACGCAGUUCAAAAAACUUCAUCGUUGAAUAUCUAUCGAUGCCCUUUCUGCGGAGAAAACGAGUUCAGUGCCCAAGGACUAUCGGAUCACUGCCGAGAGCUGCACGUCGAGAGUCAAGAAAUUCGCGUUCGCUGUCCAAUAUGCAGUGUGAAUCGGUCGCCGUUCAAGAAAUAUUACUUGCUGAAGGAUUCGCUACUGGAUCAUCUGAAGAAUUAUCACGGGAUCCUGCCCAAAGAUUACAAUCCGGAACAGGAGAUCAACCACUGUCCAAUUUGCCUAUCUAAACUGGCGGGAGGUACCGCGAGGAAGAAUUAUUUCCAGUGUAUUCACAACAAGUUUCACGAAAAAUGCAUUCAAAAUUGGUUGGCCAUCAGUUCAACUUGUCCAGAGUGUCGCGCGAAUCGGAUCGACUGAAGAGUUCUUAUUGUCAUACAUUUAGUUAUCUGAAAUAUAUAAUUAUUUUGCUUUGUUAUUUAA